AUAGAUUCUCAAAGUAGUAGAUAUGCGCAAUACAAUAAGAUAAACUAGCUAUAAAAGGUCCCCGCGGUUUUCAUAUUUUUCAAUAUCGCUAGCAUCUUCAAAGCAUCAGUUUGUAGACAUUAAAGAUAUCGUGGCAAGAAUGCGCAGCCCCAGGUGCAGUGUUUUAGUUUUGUUGACGCUGUUUGCUCUUGCGGCGUGGGCCUCAGCCCAGGUCACGUUCAGCCGCGACUGGUCCGGGGGCAAGCGCUCCCCUCCAGCCGUCUUCGACUGUGGUCAACUAACAACCCUUUGUCGGCAUUUUUUGCACGAUUUAAAGCAAACAAUGUCUGCCAAAAAGCUCGACAAACGCCAGCAGUUGCAGUCGGAGGAGUUGCAGCUUGUUUACGAAGACGAGAAAUAAUUCAAUGAAGAUACAGCUUUAGUAAUGCCCAGCUUAUAUCAAUGUUCUGCUAAAGUAUGAAAUAAAUCAAUCAGUAAA